AUGGACAAUAUAGGAGUGGAUGUUGCAGAAGAAGAAGGUGCUACGGUCACUCCUAAUGACAAAACGAGGAACCCCAGCAAUCAAUCCCCCCAAAACAAGCCAACGCCUAUCAACACCAUUGACAUUUCGAACCCUCCUAUUAAUCCAAUACCUCCUACUAAUCCAACACUUCCAACUAAGCCAAAAUCUCUCAUGAAUCCAAAACCUCCAAGUCAGGAGAAACCUCUUGCCAAUCCAAAUGAUGAAUCUCAGGCAAAGCCUCCUAAUAAUCAAAAGCCAAAACCUCCCACUAAUCCAAAGCCGAAGCCUCGUACUAAUCAAAAGCCAAAACCUCCUACUAAUUCAAAGCCGAAGCCUCCUACCAAGCCUAUUCUCCCUAAAAGUGUGUCAACAGCAACAUCCAACUCCACACCCAAAUCUACCCUCAAGAAGAAAACGACAACAACCACCCAUAAUAGUCAUUAA